ACGUCCUUAAUACCCUGGUCCAUAAAGCUGAUGGUUCCUAUAUCUAUGCAUCGACAUUCGUCAAAUUUGUCCAGCAAGCGGGGGGGAUGGCGCACCAACAACUUCUAGAUGCUCUAAAGGCACAUGGCCUGGAUCCUCUAUAUAUGCAAGUUUUCUCCAAGGCUUCGUCUUUUGAAGAUACACCUGGAAGCGUGGUUGGCAUCAAGCGGGCAAUGGGAAUCCUGUUACAUCUUCAAAGCACAAUGUCCAUCCAUGACCUCGCGCUCCUGAUGGGUGUGCCGCCACGAAACCUUGUCAGGUCUUUCUUCCAAAUCCAAUCCAUUCUCCAGAUUCCCGAAGCCAACGACCGUCCAGUGCAGCUAGUCCACACAUCGCUCCGCGAUUUUCUAACGACAAAAUCACGCUCGGGCGUCUAUUUUAAUAACCCCUCUGAUUGUCACGCUUCCAUUGC